AUGGCGCCCGCUGCUGGAGCUAAGAAGCAAAAGAAGAAGUGGUACCCGACUCAUGCAUCGCACAGGUCCAAGGGAAAGGUCAAGGACAAGGCCCAGCACGCCGUCAUCCUCGACAAGACCACCUCCGACAAGCUCUACAAGGAUGUCCAGUCCUACCGCCUGGUGACCGUUGCCGUCCUGGUCGACCGUCUCAAGAUCAACGGCUCCCUGGCCCGCAAGUGCCUGGCCGACCUCGAGGAGAAGGGCAUCAUCAAGCCCGUCGUUCAGCACAGCAAGAUGAAGAUCUACACCCGUGCCGUCGGUGGCUCUGACUAA